UCCCUCACUCCUCGCCUUGCUCCUUCUGUAGUGGGGGAGACACGGAGUCGCCUGGCACCGCGCCUGCACGUCGCCCGCGCUUUGCACGCGGGAGCUGCUGGGGCGCUUGUCAUCGGUGUCUAGUCCUCGGCCCAGGUCACCUAGACUAGCUCCUAGGAAGAGGUCAGGCACCGAUUCACUGCUCUCAGCCUCCAGGAGAGAGCAGACAGGAUUGUCCUGUGCAGCUCGAAUUCCAGCCUUGUUGAGCCAGCCACACCAAGGACUUUCCACCAGAGAAGCCCCUCCAAGCACUGACCAUGUCUAUUAUGGACCACAGCCCCACUACAGGGGUGGUCACAGUCAUUGUCAUCCUCAUCGCCAUUGCUGCCCUGGGGGCCUUGAUCCUGGGCUGCUGGUGCUACCUGCGGCUGCAGCGCAUCAGCCAGUCAGAGGACGAGGAGAGCAUCGUGGGUGAUGGUGAGACAAAGGAGCCCUUUCUACUGGUGCAGUACUCUGCCAAGGGGCCAUGCGUGGAAAGAAAGGCCAAGUUGGUGACCACCAGUGGCCCAGAAGUGCAUGGCUGAGCUGGGCUGUGAAGGCCCUGGUUCCUUUGUGGCCAGCCCAGAAGCACCGAGAGGGCAGAAGCAGACAUGAUGCUAUGUGAGAGAGGCUUGCUGGCACGGUCUCUUCGGGCUUCAUCAUCGCAUGCACUGACUGCAGGUCCUGGCUGUUCCUGGCCUCCCCUUCAGCCUCCUGGUGGGGCUGCCCAUUGCAGGCAGUGGGCAGACCUGACCUUGCUGGGGCUCAUGGCCCCUUAGCGCUUUUGUUACUUGAAUGUUUUAGCUGAGCCUGUUUUUGAUGGAGCUACUACUGUAAUGCGUGAACUCACCAACCUGUGAACUGUAAAUAGGCCCAGAAGCACGUGCUUAAGCCGUUGGGCUGAUUUUUUAAAAUACCACAUAGAGCCUGUGGGGCUGGCUUGAUGACUGUACUCACGGUGAGCUGAGGCAUGACCGUGGAGGGUCUUUGACUGGUCAGGCCCCAGGGCCCUUGGCAGGGCUCACGGAGGUUUAUCUGUGUGGAUGGAAAGGAAGUGAAGGGCUAAGCAGCUGGGUGCUUGGGCGACUUCUGCUUGGUUAGUAAUGGGUAGAAGAAAAACCACACCCCUCCCUUGAUAGCUUCAGCUUUGUUGAAUGGCAGUCACUGCAAGGAAGCUGCUGCAUUUGUUUGGAAGCCUGUGACGGACGGACGAGUCCCCCGAGUCCUGAGGGCUGCCAGGCAGCUUAGCAGAGCAGUCUCUUGCCCUUUGGUCUUGAGCAUGCCCAGUACAUCCCCUUCAGCACAGGCCUUGCAGAUCCUGCUCUGGUCCUCACGGAACACCAGAGCCUUUGGUGGCUUCUUGAAGUCUGAAAUGCAGUUGGCCCAAGCAAGCAAGGUUUUGUUUUUGUAUUUAAUAUUUUCUGCACUGGAGUGGGGGUGGGGGGUAUGGGCGAUUUGGUUUUUUGUUGUUUUGUUCCCACCUUUUCAUAAGUGAGCUUCCUUUCCUCUCCAAUGACUGCCUACUGGCUGGGUAUUGGGUUUCACUUUGAUCCACGGAGCUUUGUAGACAGAGCCCCCGCCCCAGCUCUAAUGGCACUAUGUGUUAUAUAAGAUCAUUUCUAGUGUGUACAUAUGCAUUUACAACAGCUACCAGGAUUCAAAUUCAGGGAAGGGAGCCAGCAGCAUGUAUCUCCGGGAUAUCCUUUAAGUCCAUGCCUAUAAACUUGCUUAGAUGUUAAUCCCACCACUGUAAGUGCAUUCUAAACCAUUAUGACGAAAACACGAAUGUGCUGGCAUCUUUGGUGAUGAAUAAGUGGCCAGCCCUGGAUUGGCCAGCACACCAAUGGGCAGGAAGCAGAGAGCUUCAGGCCAGGCUGGAGACAGCUUUAAAAUGCAUGUGAAACUAAUCCAUUCUCUGGAACUCCGAGGGAGGAGCUGUAGGGGACACUUUUUCGCAGUGUAUGCCUCAAAGCGGGGCUGUGUGUAUCAAUGUUAAGGAACAGCUCUAGGUGAGGGGAGACAGCUGGAAGGACAUUUGUGAAGGUAGGAGUGAGAUACCUCUGGUGGGCUGCUGCAGUAAGAACAGCUUAAACUCUUGGACCCUGGUGAGAUAACUAAGUCAUGGAAGAGGUAGUGAGGGGUAGACUGGCCACUGGCAGAGGCAGCUUAAGAUAGCUUGAUGCGUGCUGGACCUGAAAGCAGUGACCCUUCAGGUCUAAGAGGUGAACAGGAGGUAUGAAAGGAUCUGGCAGAGGCUGGGGGUUUUGAUCCAUUCUCACCCCACUUCAGCUUUCUACCUCUGAUUCUCCUGGCAGCCAGCAGCCUAUAUAAUGAUGAUCCUUUAGCUCCACCACCCAUUAAUCCAAGAACAGGUUGAUCUAGGCUUCAGUGUGAGCCUGGCUCCCAGAAAUGCUCAAAUCACUCCAGUCAGACAUGUUGCAGCUUUUACUAUGCUAGUGACACUUCUCUUUCUCAGAUAUCACAUUCUCUUUUUUUAGAUUUUAUUAUUAUUAUUAUUAUUAUUAUUAUUAUUAUU